ACGACACCGACUCAGAGCCAACCAGAGACGCCGCUCCAGGCCGAGCUGCUUCCUGAGCUCAGCGGUCCGGCUCAGAGUCCGCCAGCGGAGCACAUCGUGACGCCGCCGUCCACCGUGGACACGGCGGCGCUGAGCGAGGAGCCGCUGCCCGUUAAGCCCCUCCCCAAACCUCCCCGCCCCGCCCACAUCUGCGCCACCUGCAACAAGGAGUUCAAGAACAGCUACAACCUGCGGCGCCACCAGUCUGUCCACACGGGCAUCAAGAUGAAGGACCGGGCGGCGCGGGACAAGGAGGACGCCGCCAAGGUGGGACGUCUGGAGAAGCAGACCAUCCCCCUGUCCCUCCUGCAGCUCACCCUGCCCCCCCAGGCUCCGCCUCCCGCCCAGGUCAUCGCCCCGGAGACACUCCCCCAGCCCAUCCAGCUCACCAACCAGGAGGGACAGCCCAUCGCCGUCUCCAUCGCCCCGGCAACCAUCACCCUGGCUGCGCCGCCGCAGCCCAUCCAGGCGGCGGUGGUCGUGGUGGGUUCUGUGGAGCAGAACCCCCUCCCCCUCCACCUCCCGAGCACCAACCAGGUGAGGAAGAACCACGCCUGCGAGGCCUGCGGGAAGGCCUUCAGGGACGUGUACCACCUGAACCGCCAUCGGCUGUCCCACUCCGAUGAGAAACCGUACUCCUGUCCCAUCUGCCAGCAGCGCUUCAAGAGGAAGGACAGGAUGAGUUACCACGUGCGCUCCCACCAGGGCGGCGUGGAGAAACCCUACAUCUGUCCGCACUGCGCCAAGGCCUUCUCCAGGCCGGAUCACCUGAACAGUCACGUCCGGCAGGUGCACUCCACCGAGAGGCCGUUCAAAUGCACGACGUGCACGUCAGCGUUUGCCACACGGGACCGCCUCCGUGCGCACCUGAUCCGUCACGAGGAGAAGGUUCCGUGUCACAUCUGUGGGAAGCUGCUGUCGGCGGCGUACAUCACCGACCACAUGAGGGUCCACAACCAGGCGCAGCAUCACGCCUGCCACCUCUGCAACCGCAGCUUCACCACCCUCACCUACCUGCGGGUCCACGCUCAGAAGCACCACGGUCAGGAGUGGAAGGAGAGCGGCGGGGCGCGGGGGGGCUUCGGGGGGACGGGGACCGGCGGGGUCCUGCUCUGCCAGCUCUGCGGGGUCCAGUGUAAGACCGCCACGCAGCUCCAGGGUCACAUGGGCACCCACGCCCAGCAGGGGGACCCCGCCCCCGACCAGACGAGCGCCGGCCCCGUGGGCACCACCGACGCCUCCGUCACCGUGUCCAGCCCGGGCGCCGGGGGACUCCUGGUGACCGACUGCUCCAGCAUCACCCCCCAGGCCCACAGCUAGCAUGCUGAGGGGGCGGGGCUCUGGGAGAGGGGAGGAGUCAGUGAGGAGGAGACGCUGCAGCUGGAACAGGUGUGACCAGAGGUCAGGGGAGGAAGAGAAAUGGUUUGAGGAGGACCACGUUGGUCCUGGACUUUAGCUGAUGUGCCUCAGCCUCAGGACCAUCAGGACCAUCAGGACCAUUGAAGGAACAGGAGCUGGUCCUGGACUUUAGCCUCAGAAACAUCAGCUGCAGGUUUCCUGUCGUGGCUCCAGCGGGUUGCUGCCAUCAUGUUUUAUUCUUUCUGCUCAUGUUUUUGUAAAUCCUCUCUGUUUUUAAACAUUUAUAUUUGAUGAAAUCAGUGUUUCUAAAGAGGAAGAUCCAGCUGUUCUGGGUCAGAACCGGACUGGACUGGACGGUCUACAGACACUUUUCUACAACGGAAUCAGAUGUUUGUGUUUCUCUGCUUCAGCUGUCUGUGUUCUGCUGCUGGUUCCUGUCUAUAAAGGUGAUGACAUCAUUUGUAGUUUCCUUCCUGUGGCUCUGUGCUGAUUGUAAUUAACAGAGCGCCUCGUUAAGUUCCUGAAAUAAACCAGUACAGUGACGUGGCUCUGACUUUA